UCAUUGUGCGUCUGUCUCUCCAGUUACCGCAGCAUGUGAAGAAACCAUGGGGAUGCAGUUUGAUAUUUAACUACUGUUAUAUUUAAAUUCACAUAACACUAAAUGUUUGUGAGCGAAAGUGUGACUUUUAACCGCGAAAGGACUCUGUAAGAGGCUAGCUAUAAGUGAGGUAGCCUAAAGUCAGGUUAGCUAGCUUUAGUAGCACGGUUAUUACUUUGCAGUUGUUUUGCUAGCUUCUAGCCCGCUAACAGCAUGGAUAACAACACGCAGGGAAAUGUGGUUUAUCUCCACGGAGAUGAGGAAAUUAUUGAAGUCAUCGACCUGAACGAGAUGGAUCCUGAACCCGAUGAUUUGGCUGAUGACUUGGAGGACAUUGACUUUGAAGACGCAGAUGACGAAGGAGGCUGGGAGACUGAUGACGAGAUGGAGGCAGAGCAAGAUGACAGCGAGCUCACCUUCUCCAAACACACUGGCUCUGUGUUUUGCGUGAGUUUGGAUCCUGCGACAAACAGCAUGGUUGUAACGGGAGGAGAGGAUGACAAGGCCUACGUGUGGAGGGUGAGCGACGGAGAAGUUCUGUUGGAGUGCACAGGUCACAAAGACUCUGUGACGUGCGCCGUGUUCAGCCACGACUCCUCCAUGGUGGCUUCGGGUGACAUGAGCGGCAUGAUUAAAGUGUGGAAAGUAGAAACCAAGGAGGAGAUCUGGUCCUUCGAAGUGGGAGAUCUGGAGUGGUUGGAGUGGCACCCCUGCGCUCCAGUGCUGCUGGCGGGAACAGACGAUGGCAACAUGUGGAUGUGGAAGAUCCCAUCAGGAGACUGUAAAACCUUCCAGAGUUCUGCAAGCCAGGCCACCAGCGGCAAAGUCCUGCCCGAUGGUAAACGGGCUGUGGUGGGUUAUGAGGAUGGGACGGUACGUGUGUGGGAUUUGAAGCAGGGAAACGCCAUCCAUGUGAUUAAAGGUCAGGAUGCCCACCAUGGGGCGCUCACCUGCCUGGCCUGUAACAAAGACGGCUCUCUGGUGCUGACGGGGUCAGUGGACGGUUAUGCUAAGCUCAUCAACACCGCCACAGGCAAGGUGGUGGGCGCGUGCUCUUUGGACGUAGACAAAGCCAAAGGAUCGAAGCCCGGCGAAGAAUCCAACUCUAUCGAAUCUGUGGGAUUCUGCAACGUCCUGCCUCUCGUCGCUGUGGCGUACCUGGACGGGACUCUGGCCGUGUAUGACCUUGCAACACAGGUGCUGAGGCACAGGUGCCAACAUGAGGCUGGCAUCGUCCACCUGCAGUGGGAAGAGUCUUCUUCUGUGGUGUCCACUUGCUGCUUAGAUGGAGCGCUGCGCUUAUGGGACGCUCGUUCUGGCAGCAUUGUGGCCGAGUACCGCGGACACACCGCGGAGAUCCUUAACUUCGCCAUCAACAGGGAAGCGUCCCUCGCAGUCACCGCUUCAGGAGACCACCAGGCGAAGGUUUUCUGCCUCCAGAGACCCGAUCGGUAAAGAGAGCAGGAGGAAGAGGAGAGGAAAGAUUCCGGAGAAAUAGCAGAGACACUUCACCAUCAGACUUUUCGUUCUCUAAUACUUGAGAACAUGUUUCCCCUUCUCCUCAGGAUUUUAAAAUGUGUGGUCUCACCAUCUUAUCUGACCUGCGUCAGUAGGACUGUAGCAUCCAAUAGAUAAUUGUUUCAGCUCAUGCUUAACUGGAAGAUGACUUUUCUACACAGGAGUUUCAAAUCCUGUUGUUAAAACCAAGCUGUUCCUCAUUGUUCUGUUCCAGAAGUGUCUAAACAGAGUCAAAGAGUGAUGCAGCACUGUGUCCUUUCCCUUCGACAUCCCUUUUAAUGUUCUGUCCGACAUGCUUUUAGAGAUAAAACUCACGACUGAAAAGAGGAAUUUCCUUUCGUCUCAAUUAUAAUUUCUUCCAUAAUUGGAGUUUUCUGUUUGUUAAACGUGCGCGCGCGUGUGCGUGUGGUCUUCCAGUUUUCAGAAACAUUCAGUCAGGAAUUAUCUCGCCUAGUUUUUUGAUGUAAAUACAAAAUAAAUAAAUAAUAUACUUUCUUCUGGGUAAAAGGGAAGGCGUCAUUUGUGACUAAUGUCCACCCUCAUCUCUUAAAGCUCUUCCCAUCUGCAUCUGAGGAAAUAGUUUAUACGAGCAUCUAUUUGUGUCCGCGGGUCAGUUUAGAUAAAAAUGAAGCAGCGAGUUCAGACAAAAGUGGUCGUGUUAUGGGUCACGCUGACGAGGAGGGGCUGAAAAAAAAUCUUUCUCAGUUCAAGUGGGCUUCUCCUUGUUUAGACUAUGAUUUGAUUUGUUUUAUGUAUUUAAUCAGAUAUGAGUAAAGAUAGAACUUUGUAAAUGUGGAUGUGGUGAGUACAGUCAUAGUGGCAGAACCCCCCCAUCUGCCUUAAAUACCAAAUGUACCACUUAAUCUUUUAGUAUACGAGGUCAUCUUUAAGAGCUUUAUUAAGUCACUGCUGUUGAUUACCACACAUCCUCCUGUCCUCUCACUGCAAUGACUGAUAACUUUAAAAUACACUCAUCCUAAAUAAAUAAACGCACAUUUAACUUGAUCAUGUGAGGAAAACAAUUUCAUCCGUCCUUUUCUGUGGACUGUUACUCCUUGGUGAUAUACAUGUGGAUUUUUUUAAUAUUCAGAGAAAUAAAACUUCUCUGAUUCCGUCGUAAAACACCUAUGUGUAACUCUUGUCUAGCAAUAAGGCUUUCCACGAAAUAAGUGGAUGUAGUUGACUUCACUGCACUGACCUGUAUUUAACACUGUGUGAAAUAAAGAGCCUGUUAAUGAA